AUGGGUUCUUCCGUUCACCAAGUAACUGAUCUGCAUCGCAAUGUGAUUGGUGUGCCUCUCGAAUCACUUGUUUCGUUCCGCGACCGACUUUCCGAGCUUAUAACCUCCCUAAGCCUGGAUACAGACGUUCAUGAGUACAGUCCCACCCGGCCUUUUGUUGCAACUCGUGCUCCUCGCCGAACAACCGGCACUUCUGACGGAAUCGCCAUCGGUACUUCUUCAGUACGAGGCCCCCGAGGGGGCCCUGAGACACGAAGUCGUCAACGACGGCGGUACGACUACCGCUCAGGAGGGCGUAGGCGCCAGCGGCUGAAUCGACGCGAGACAGCACUGCCUAGUUCAGAAACUGCUAUUAAUGGAACAACCGUCUCUCCAGGUCAACCUAUCGCCUCAUCUGCUGAUGUCGAGACCCGCCGAUACCGCGGCAGACGCGGCCCGGCAUCCUUUGGAAGUCGAAAUCGACAAUUGGCAACCAGUUCGUCUAGUCAUCCCUCCGAGGCACUUGCUGUGAGUGAGAAUGAAGAGUCACGAGUAGGUGCUGCCGGUGACAACCAUUCACUCCCACCUAACUCGUUGCCUCAUCCGCAACAAAACAUACAGAAUAACUCCGGACUGCAGCCUCUAAAAUAUGAAAAAAUCGACACACCACACCUGGCUGAUCCAGAUAAAACAGUAGAGACCGUUAGAAACCAAGUCGACCUCAAUGCCGAAAUGAGUCUUGAACAGUGA